CUUUUUUCCGGCCUUUUUGGUGUGGCACCAGCACCGAAGUCAUCACUCAUGGCGUUGGUUGCAAAUGCUGGGCCCCUGCACUGGAACCGUGCCAGUGCCCUUGCUUCUGCAGCUGUGACCAGCGUUCUGGGGCUGAUCACCGUUUGGUACUUGCGGAGGCAGUGCACGCUUUUGCUUCCAGUCAAACGGCGCUGCACAGACAAAGAGGUAUUGGCCGAGGCUGAGGAGGUUCGCAGAAGGUACUGCCUCAGCGAGGCCGGUGGCUUCUUGCCAAACGAUUGCCUGGAUCGUUUGCCCGCGGAAUUUGAUGCAUGGGAGGCGAUUGCUUCUGACUUACCACGUUUGAAUGCCUCAAAGGCUUUGGCUGCACGGGUGGAGGCCCUGCCGGUCCUGAAGUUGGGGCACCACCGGUCUAAGGAGGUGCUUCAAAGGGCCUACGUCUUGCUGGGCUCGCUGGUGCACUCCUAUGUACACCGUCACGAGGUGCCAUGGCAUUGCUUGGAAGCAGGUGCAGUGGCAGAGACCGAUGGGAGGCCAGGAAUCGAGAAAGUGCCGAAAGCCCUUGCGGAGCCGUGGCUGGAAGUCUGUCAGCUGCUGCGCGCACCGCCGGUUUUAACCGCUGCUGCCACGGAUCUGUGGAAUUGGCGGAAGAAGGAUGCAGCGUUGGGGUUCGAUCCAGGCAACCUGGAGCAACGCAUCUCCCUGACCGGCACAAGCUCCGAACGGGUUUUCCACAUGGUGCCUUGUGCGAUGCAAGCGGCUGCCAGCGAGGUGGUGCCCAAGAUCUUUCUGGCGGACCGCUUGAUCGUUGGCAAACGUCAGGAGGAACUUGCCUUGCUGCUAUUGGAGGUGGCGGAUGUUCUCGGCAGCUUCAAAAACAUUUUCGCUCAGAUUCCCAAGGGUGUCGACCCAGAUGUGUUCUAUGACAUCUACCGUCCACUGCCGCUGGGGCCAUCCAUGGCGUUUGCCAUGGUGUUCUAUGCGUUUGCCAUGCGUUUGACCCCCAAAAAGCCGCAGACCUCCGCAGCACCCCGUGGCUCGGAGCGGAGAGCAGCUCCGUGCCGCGUGGCCCAACGUCAUGGCGGAGCUCUGUCGACUCAAAGUGCUGGAAGUGUGAAGAGUUAUGGAGUUCUGGGCCGCAGCAACAAAGAAAAAAAAGCAGAUCCUCCUGAUGAGGCGACCGUCUUGGUGGAUCCGGCUGGGCUGCACCACAUCCGCGGGGGUCCCUUUGGUGCUGCUGGCGCUGCAGGGGCCAACUACCAGUGGCUGGAAAUCAGCGAAGCUGAGGCCUUUCCAGAAGAUGUUCAGGAGGCAAUCACGACGGAAUGCCAGGCAAAAUACCAUGCCUAUGCAGAUGGCAAAAAGAAGUGCAUCCAUGUUGUUGGGCCGGACUUCCGCGAUAGCUUUGAUGACCCGCCAGCCACUGAGAUCACUGAGAUCACUGAGGGUGAACAUCUACAAAGCUGUGAUGUUAAAAACAAAGAACAGCCAAGGAAAACUAUGAAAAACUGUACCAGAACUGUUGUGAUGGGGCAUGAUGGGGCCAUUCCUGAUAGGAUUUGUUGUUUUCCUAAGGAUUUGCCGUAGAGCUUUCCAGGGUUUUGAAGCUACCAAGUUCUGGUGUCCUUGCCACCAAAAAUGUCACGAUUAGUGCAUCGUGUCCCUGAUCCAUCCUUCAUGGCUUUUGUUCGUCAGGAAGUGGCAAAACCUUGUGUCAUGAGACACCCAGCGACCGG